GUGAGUUCGAGAUGCACAGAGUUCAGUCAUUGCUCAGUACUUAGGUGUCGAGUACAUUUCUCAAUGCACUCGUAAAUUCUCAUUUGAAAUAAUUGCAAUGAAGCUAGUGGUGGGUUUUGCUAUUGCGCUCUUAGCGCUGUGCGGUAUCUAUUCAGUGGAAGCUAAAGGUCAUGGAGGACGAGGCGGUCAUGGGAGAGGGGGAGGUCAUGGUCAUGGAGGUCAUGGGAGCAGUGGAGGAGGUCAUAGUGUGAGUUCUGGAGGAAGUCAUAGUAGCAGUAGUGGAAGCAGUAGUAGUAGCGGAAGCUAUGGUGGAAGCCAUAGUAGUGGGGGUUAUGGUGGAAGCCAUAGUAGUGGGGGCUCUGAUGGAAGCCAUAGUAGUGGGGGUUAUGGUGGAAGCCAUAGUAGUGGGGGUUAUGAUGGAAGCCAUAGUAGUGGGGGAUAUGGUGGAAGCCAUAGUAGUGGGGGAUAUGGUGGAAGUCAUAGUAGUGGGGGAUAUGGCGGAAGCCAUAGUAGUGGGGGAUAUGGCGGAAGCCAUAGUAGUGGGGGAUAUGGGGGAAGUCAUAGUAGUGGGGGUUAUGAUGGAAGCUAUAGUAGUGGGGGAUAUGGCGGAAAGGAUAGUAGUGGGGGAUAUGGGGGAAGCCAUAGUAGUAGCGGAUAUGGCGGAAGGGAUACUAGUGGGGGAUAUGGGGGAAUCCAUAGUAGUGGGGGAUAUGGGGGGAUCCAUACCAGUGACCCGUACGGUGGAAGUCUCAGUAGUGACCCAUACGGUGGAAGCUAUAGUAGUGGAAGCUAUGGUGGAAAGCAUAGUGACGGCUAUGAUGGUGAUAGCUACAGCAGUGGAAUUUACAGUGGCAUUUACGGUGGAAGAAAUACCGAUGAUAACGGCGGUUAUCGCUAUCCUGGAUCAGGAAUGGAUUCAAAAGAUAAUCCAUUCCGCAAUCCUUUUGAUGACUUUUCAAUGCCCGGAUUCGGAAGUCGAAGGCGACCAGACCAUAGGACUGAGGAUGACGGACUGAGUGAAUUACUUCCGGACCUGAAGAUACCCAACUUUGAUGAUAUGCAAUAUAAACCAGGGGUAGGCUUCCGCAUUCCUGGACUAGAUGAUUCGGGCUUUGACUGGCAUCGAGGUUCGAUCUUCGGUUCCAACUCCAAACCAACUCAUGCAGAGAAGCCAACUGACCACAAGAUUAAUCCAGACCCGAAACCAUCGAGUACUUCAACCAGUGGUGAUGACAUGGAUUUGAAUACCGAUUCUCAUCCUUCCAUCGACGCCGGAAGUAGUAAUCGUCAUAGAUACAAGCACCGGCAGAAGCACAGAGACGGGCACGGCAGUAAUUCCACAACAACUACUCCAAGACCAGAUAAUUCAACAACAACUACUCCAAGACCGUCAUCUCUAUCACCUUCCAGGUUGGGACAACCCUCCAACUUCGAUCCUUCUGCUCGUCUUGAAACUCCGAUGACUCCACCACAUCAUUCUGUCCCUUCAGAAACAUCUCACGUACCGCAGCUUCCGACGCUUGCCCCUACACAAUCUAGACAGUCAAACGGAUAUUAUCCUUUAGGUCAACCCUCAGGACUGAUUCAUCACCCCGGAAUAUCAAAUUAUGGACAACCAUUGACUUCUGGAACUCCCGCUGGACUUCAGCCGAUUGUCCCCGGUCAACUAAUCAUUCUACCAAGUAGAACCAAUCCUUCAUCAGAUCUUGGACAAAUCGCAGCAGAAGCUUUCGUGCAUUCCGCAAUCAAUGCAGGAGUCAAUCGUUUGAUCAAUCCCUCACAUCAGCACACUGUCAGCUCCAACCAGAAUCUACAAUCAGGACAGAGUUCUACGGUUACUAAUACCACGACCAUUAUUUAUAACAAUUACACAACUAAUGGACAACCACAGAAAACCAUCAGUGGACAGGGAACGAAUCCUGAUGGAGUCGAUAUUGGAAAUCGCUAUUUAGAGAGCAAUCUCACUGAAGAUAAUGUUCCUGCUCCGCCGACAGUCCAGUACUACAUUUCUGAUGACCAGUUGAUGAAUCUUACUGAGAGUCUCUUUGCUAAGGAGGAAACAGACUUGUAUCAGCAUGUCAUUCUGAACUUACAGAGUAAAGUUGAAGGGGGGAAUGUUACUGACGAGGCAUCAAGAGUGCUUCUGUACACCAAUUCAGAGCUGUAUGACAUUCCUACAAUCCAAGUUUACAAGAAUAUGUUCGACAAUUACGAGUUGAACUCAACAAUGAAGGAGAAUACCACGUCCGAAAUGCGGAAAGAACAGCACUUGCUCCUGGACACUUUCUUCAAUACAGACAUCAUGACAACAGCUAUGAACUGGCUCGCCAGUAAAUAUUACAUCGAAUCAGACGACUUCGAGAUGAAAGAUACACUCCGGCACAUUUGGUUCAGUAAAAUCAACGGGUCUACCUCGGGAUUCGAGCGGAUAUUCCUCGCAGAAAUUUAUCCUGGCUCUGGUGUACUAGGAGCACAAAAUUGGAUCUACUUCAUGUCCAAAGAAAUAUCCAAUGAUAUUGAUUACAUGGGAUACACGCAGGAGCAUCGUAUAACAGAUAAAGCACGGCUGUUGAAAUUAAACCUCAAAAUCGGGGGUUCGGUGAAGCAAAAUUCUACAAUGCUGGUGGGAACAUCCCCUGAACUCGAAAUGGCACUUUACACCAUCUGUUUUUAUACCAGACCGAAUGAUAUUUGUCCAAUAUCACUUGGAGGGCACAAGUUCUAUCUUUACACUCACACUUUUAGAUACUUUGGAAAUGACCUUAUUGACAUGGGUAUCAUUGCGUUCUAGGAAAUUAUUUCAACUUGUGAUAAUUAAUUUUUAAACAUUUUUAAACAACAAAUUGCAUUACACUGGAGAUAAUCAUCUAAUUUUAUUAACAAUUUGAUUCUUGUUA